CACGAGUAUUUCCGUUUCCGGUGGCGCUGUUUUGAAGCAAUGUUUUGAAGUUGUGAAGCGUUCUUGUUAUUUUAUAUUUACAUUACAACUCACAUCUAAAAUGAGCCUUGGUGUUAAAGAAACUGGCGCAUCAUAUGAAUGCUGUCUAGUACGAGUUGAUGAGAAUGCAAGAGAUCACACUAUUUUAAAGCUCAAGGCAUCAUCGAAGGAGGUUACUGUUGGAAGAUCACCUGAUGCAACGGUAACCUUGCUAUCUUCGAUGAUAUCCCGAAAGCAUGCUUUGCUUUCUUGUAAUGAGGACAAUGUAUGGAACAUCAUGGACAUGAAGACCCUGAAUGGCAUAUAUGUGAAUGGCAAGGUGCUUGGUCCAGGAAAGCCGCAAGUACUGAUGGAUGGGGAUACUGUUCAGUUUGGCGUUCCCAUAAAACCUACUCUACCGGCUGAGUUUGUCUUCAAGUUUCACCCCGGCAACAGAAAUUCACGCAGGGAGAGGAAAACUCGGGUUUCGGCAGCAGCAGCAGCUUGUCAAAAGGAGCAGGAAUCGUCAUCUAGAGUUGCGAAGCGCGAGGCUACGAGUGGUAGUGGCGUGCACAUCUCCCCGCCGCGUUCUAAACGACAGAGACAGGAGUCGCACCAGCAAUACUCUGACCUGUCGUAUCUACAGAAGGUGCAGGAGGGGAAGAUGACGCAACAGAUACAGGAUGCCGUGAGAGAGGUGGAUCACUUAAAAAGCUUACUUGCUGCAAAAGAAGAAACUCUGAAUGAGUCAUACACCCUGCAAAAGGAUGUAGAAAAGGAGUUAGAAGAAGAAAUGAGAAAAAAGGAGCAAGAGUUAAACCAAGUUGCUGAGAAGGAGUUAAAGGCACAAAUGGAAAAGCUGACCAAUGAGUUGGCUGACAGAGAGCUGAGACAGACGAAGCUGGAGACGGAACUAACGCAGAUGAAGGCAGAGAGCGUGUUGCAGCAGCAGCAGCUUCAGCAGCAGAGGGCGGCCAUGGUGGAGGACUUCGAGGAGCUCCUAGAGUCAGAGCUGCAGUGCAGCAUCUGCUCAGAACUCUUCAUAGAGGCGACUACGCUCGGUUGCUCUCACUCGUUCUGCGCGAGCUGCAUCGGGGAGUGGAUGAAGCGCAAGCGCGACUGUCCGAACUGCCGCGCCGCCAUCGCGUCGAUCUCGCGCUCCGUCGUGCUCGACAGCUACAUCAACAGCACGGUCGCGCAUCUCGGCGAAGACCUGAAGCGACGACGCGAGGAAAUCGUCUCUCAGCGCAGCAGUCGAAGUCGAGACCGUUCUAAAUCCGAAGGUUGUGAAGUGGUGCCAGAAAUAAUGGGAGCAGAAAUAGAAAUAGCGACAUCAGGGAGGAUGGGAACACGGUCGCGCGCGAGAGUGGCGACGGCGGCGGCGGUGGCGGCGGCGGUGGCAGAACAGCCCGUCUACACACUCAUCAUCUCAUCUGAGGAGGAUGACGACGACGACGACGACGACAACAAUGACGAUGAUGACGACGAUGACAAUGCAAUGAGGAACUCAGAUGACUCGGAGGAAAGUGAUUAUGCGGGGUAUGGUUACUAUGGAGGUGGAGCUUGUUUUAACUGUGGUAGAAGAGGACACUGGGCCAGGUUUUGUCCUUACAGGUGACCCAAAUAAUAAUAUCUAAUAAUAAUAAUAGAAACAGUCCCAAUAGAAUAGAGUCUCCAAGCAUACGUUUCAUCUGCAACUGACAGUUAACUGUAAAUAUGUCAUUUAAACUGUUUUUUUCUACUAUGUAUUUUCGUUCAUGACUCAGGGUCUGUAGGCUUCAUUCAUUAAUAAAAUGUCCCGUAGUCUUCAUUGGUUAAGUAUUCCGUGCACUUGUCAAUUUAACCAAUAAAUUUGUGUCAUCAAAAAUAUAUGAGGAAAAAUACAUUUUAUGUGUAAAAAAAA